UUAUGAGAAUCUCUAUUACACCACCACCCUCCUAAAAAAAAAGUCAUUCACUAUGACAACAAGGAGCAUAUAAUUGCAUAUCUAUAUAAAAAAAAUACCUCCAUUAUUCUGCUCCAUCAACUGCUUAGUUCUUUGCAGCAAUCAAAAGAUUAGUACGAUAUACAUAAAGUAGAACAAGUCUAGUUGCAGCGCAGCCAUCUCCCAAGCCCUUUAUCAACGCUCCACUUGGGAGUAAAGAAUAAAGCAGAACCAAUAGCAUUGAGUGAUGCUAGGGGCCAAAUCAUAAAAAGAAUUCGUUUUUCUUCACACAAAAUCACAACAAGAUCAUCCACCACACGCAAAUCUCAAAUCACUCUAAAUUUUUUAGUCAUUCAUCCGCAUAAAUUUCAAAGUGACCCUCCAGAUGAUCCAACAGCUUCAUGCAAAUUGCACCCUGUGAAUUGAGAACGGAUUCAGUAUGCGUAUCAUCUAAGGUAUAAAGAGCACGAUAAUUUGACGUCAUCGUCAGUUAACUUCAGUUCCAAAUUCAACGGUGGAAAUCAAAAGCUACGGUUGUGCUCGUUGCACUUAACCCAACACCUUCUUCCUCGGAAUAUUCCAUUGUCCUCCUCUGGACCUAAAAAAGUAGUGAUGGCUGAUUUGAUUUGAUGCGGGACGGUCAGAUGGGUCCCAUCUCCGACGCUCCCUCUUCCCAGUUCCCACCCAGGCGUGCCAAGCGCCACAUCAGCACAGUCUCCCCGAUUUGACCGGUCCACUCCAAGAUAUCAAACCCAUCCCGUUCCUCUUCCCCAUUUCUUCAGGCUCUCCAAUUGGUUCUCUCUCUCGGGAGAGGGAGGACGGCGACGACGACCUAAGGGAGAACAAUUAGCGCCGGAAUUAGGAUCAGGGUUAGGGUUUCGGUUUCAUCUUCUGGACUUCUCUUGCUCCGUCUUCUUCUCCCAAUUCCAAUUGGAGCGAUGGAGGCGGAGACCCACUCAGCGCCGCUUGAAUUUGAUGGGACGUCGACGGCCGAUGCGGUAUUCGCGCGAAGAUGCUGCUGCUUCUGGAUCCCCUGGUCCGGCGGGCGCUCUUCGUCGGGGCCGUCUUCCGUCGAGUGGUGGCAGCAGGUGCGGGUGUCGGAGAGGGGCGAUGAGCGAGGCGGGUGGUGGAGAAGGGGGCGGAGCGCCGUUAUGAAGGUUCGUGAGUGGUCGGAGCUCGUGGCCGGGCCCCGGUGGAAGACCUUCAUCCGGCGGUUCAAGCGUAACCCUCGGCAUGGUGGCGGCGUCGUGCGGAUGGGGUCGUCGAGGUUCCAGUACGACCCCUUGAGCUACACCCUCAACUUCGACGAGGGCCACGGCGGCAGCCCCGAGGGGGACUACACCGGCUUCCGCGACUUCUCCGCCCGCUUCGCCGUCCCGCCGGCUCCCGCCACGUCGUCCGCGAACCUUGCCGUCCGGGACGCCCCGCCGGUCUUCUCCACGGCCGGCGGUCGUUGAGGUCGGAGAUGGCGUGCGCCGGAGGGGUUUCUAGAAGCGACAGGAGGGGAGAGUUUUACGGCCGCACGUUGCUGGAUUUUUUUUAUUGUUUGUUUUGUUCUAUUUUGCUCCUUUAAUUUAUAUAUAUAUAUAUAUAUAUAUAUAGUAAAAAUGCAGUCGUUUUUUUUUCUUAGCUUUGGUUGCGUUUGCUGGUUGGAGAAAUUAUUAGUGGUACUUUGAAAAUUUGUUGUAAAAGUGUAAUAAGUGGGAAUUAUUCGUGGCUUUUGUUUUUCUCCCCUCUCUCCCUGUUUGUCAUGUUAUGCUGACUUCUUGAAAUUGGCAUCAAUUUACAGCUAAUGUAAUGAUUGGAUAUCACUGUCAUCCUUAAUGAAUACAAAAUCCUUAGAGGAGCCUGCUGGGACACCUCUAUUACAACU